AUGGCUUUUAGAAUACACGAAGAUCAAGAAAAUGCCUCCUUGGGGCUUAGAAAAGACAACGUUGAUGUAUUUGCAAACCAGCGGCGUGCCCUUGGUGAUCUCAGCCAAUUCGCGUGCAAUCAAAGUCGUAACCUGAAACUCCCGGUAUUGACGAAUGGACCUUGUAAAGUUCAAGAUGAGAAUAGAACAAUGCGUCAGAUCAAAAAUGAAAAAAAUAUUGUGCCACCCGUGGCGCAAUUUCGCGCGUUCAAUGUUUACGAAGACAAGCCAACGGAGAUUGAUUUAAAAAAAAGGGAGCCUACUUUUAAGCCUUUUGUUGCUAAAGAAAUUAAGAAAGAUAGCAUAUUUAAUAUCAAUGAAAAUGUUAAAGCAAUUUACUCAAAAGCAGAAAAGAAAUCAGACAGGCAAAUCGAUGUACCUUCAACUCGCCCUCCACUACAAGAAAAGAAAAAUGUGAUCGAGUCCCCUAUGUCAGUUGUGGACACCAGUGUGCUUUCAAUGUCUGUAUCUAAAAAUGAAAGUCAAAUACUUGAUGAUGAAGAUGAUGACACUAUCACCGCUCAGACUGACCGAUCAAUGUUCUUCCAUGUUGUGGAAUACAGGCAAGAUAUUUAUGAGUACAUGAAGGAAAUUGAGAUAAAAAAUAGAGCCAACCCCCGCUACAUGCGCAAGCAGCCAGAUAUCACUCACUUAAUGCGUUCAAUCCUCAUUGACUGGCUAGUUGAAGUCUGUGAUGAGUAUGGACAACAGAGUGAGACAUUGCACCUGGCUGUGUCUUAUGUUGACCGCUUUUUGUCCUACAUGAGUGUGGUUCGGACAAAAUUGCAACUUGUGGGCACAGCUGCUACUUAUAUUGCUGCAAAAUAUGAGGAAGUAUAUCCCCCUGAAGUGUCUGAAUUUGUAUACAUUACUGAUGAUACAUACACAAAGCGUGAGGUACUUCGCAUGGAACAUCUCAUCUUAAAGGUGCUGUCGUUCGACUUGUCAACUCCUACAUCACUGGCAUUCUUAUCCCACUACUGUAUAUCCAAUGGAUUAUCUCAGAAGACAUUCCACUUAGCUUCUUAUAUUGCUGAACUCAGUCUCCUGGAAGCAGACCCAUAUCUUCAGUUUAAGCCAUCCAUCAUCGCGGCGAGUUCAUUAGCAACAGCGCGUCACUGUCUUCUGUGCGAGAGAUGUGUGGGUGAAGACAGGACAAAUUGCAACAAAGACGAGAUCAAGGAUAUUCUGGUCAACCCUGCCUGUGCCGCAACAGCAUGGCCCGCGGCGCUUGAGACCUGCGCCGGUUACUCGUUCAGGGAUCUCGAGGCGUGUUUGAGGGAACUCGCUCGUACACAUUCACAUGCCUCAAGUCAACCAUACCAAGCUAUUCCUGACAAGUACAAGAGCAAUAAAUUCGAGGCAGUGUCAAUGAUCGAACCACGUCCUAUGUACCCCGUAGCGAAGUACCAGGCCCCGGCGCCAGCAAACGUAGCCGGCCGCCCGCCAGCACCAGACAACACCAGGAGCAGCUAG